GGCCCGCCUGAUUCAUUCAAGAUGGCAGCCCGGCGCGAUCUGAGGUUGCCGCGGCUAUUACUCUGGAGGUUGUGGCAGGCCCGGGGGAUCCCACAAAACUCGGGAUCAGGCCUGAGCCUAGGAGCUAGGACUUAUUCGCGGGGCGACGGCCCGUACUCGCGCACGGCGCUCUAUGAGCUGCUCGGCGUCCCCUCCACCGCCACGCAGGCGCAGAUCAAGGCGGCUUACUACCGGCAGAGCUUCCUGUAUCACCCGGACCGCAACUCGGGGAGCGCCGAGGCUGCCGAGCGCUUCACGCGCAUCUCCCAGGCCUACGUGGUGCUGGGCAGUACCACCCUGCGUCGCAAGUAUGACCGCGGCCUGCUCAGCGACGAGGACCUGCGCGGCCCCGGCGUCCGGCCCUCCAAGACUCCCGCCGCCGAGCCCGACUCGCCCCGCACCCCGCCGCGCGCUUCUCGGACCCACGGCCGCGGUCAGGCCUCGUCGGGAGCCAACCGCACCAUGUUCGACUUUGACGCCUUCUACCAGGCGCACUACGGCGAGCAGCUGGAGCGCGAGCGGCGCCUGAGGGCCCGGCGGGAGGCCCUUCGCAAGCAGCGGGAGGACCGGGCCAAGAAGGGUUUACACUGGGACGAGAUCCGAGACACCGCUUUCGUCUUCGUUCUGCUCACAAUCUUUAUCAUCGUGGGCUUUCGUUUUUAAUCGGAGAGCAGAGAGAAGGGGAGCAGCCCCCAGCCAGCCUCCCAGCCACUCCCCCCAAGAAAAUGGCCUUUCCUGUCAUCUUGAACCCGUUGCCUUGCAUUGUCUACCUCUGCUGGGGUCCAAAGGAACUGCUCUCCCCUUCCCCUUCCCCUUCCCCUUCCCCACCCGGCCAGCUUAGCCAUUGACCUGCACAUCCCUAUCCUUCUGGUCCAGAGAAGGAGGCUUUGCGAUGCCCAAGAAAGAACCGCCCCCGCCCCCCCCCCAUGAAGAGUCCCGAAAGCCCGAGAGUGAGGGGUUUCCUGGAGGCCCAGGGGUGCCUGCUUCCAGAUGUUGUCAACUUCUGGAACAUUUGCUCUGGCUUUCUUGUAAAGCUCCGAGCGAGACUCGUCUGCUCCUGCCCCACGUGUGUAACGUUGGGCUCCUCUGUAACCUUGAAACGUGCAACGUGACCAAUUGUGGCUGCCAAAAGAAAAACUCUGGGGUUGUACGAAA